AUGAAAGCACAGCAACUGGAGGAACAACAGCAACAACAGGAACGAAAAGAAGCAAAGCCCACAGCAACAGCAGCAACAACUGACACAGCAACAGGAACAGCACCAACACAUAGCAACAACAACCGAAACACCAACAGCAGCAGCAGCUCCACCACCACCAUAAGAAACAGCAACAGCAGGAAAAGCAGCAUCACCACCGCCAGAAGAAGAAAUAGCAACAGCACAGCAGGAAAAGCAACAGUAGCAGCAGCAGCAGCAUCACCACCGCUAGAAGAAGAAGAAACAGCAACAGCAGGAAAAGCAGCAUCGUCACCGCCAGAAGAAGAAACAGCAACAGCAGCAAAAGCAACAGAAGCGGCAACAACCUUUAUUUAUAUUAAACAGAAUGCUCCGUUGUUGUCUUCGAGGAAGGUUGGAGCCAGCGUGAGACCACAGCUACCCUUGGAGCAUCCUCGGACUGGUAUUAAACGCAACGCUUCCGUCGUUGUCUUCGAGGAAUGCUGGAGCUAG